GGUUUAUCGUAUUGACAGGCAAGUCUCCAACUAAUUAUAAAUCUUCUCAAAAGGCUCAGUUUAUACCGUUAAAUCUAUAUCCAAAAUAUGACAUGUUCUUCGGUUGGUGAAGAAACCAGCUUCUCAUUAUCUUCAUCUGAACAACUAUGUCGUCAGGUUUCUUUGACCACGAUUCGAUCAACAACCCAUGAUUUUGAUGAUGGAGUUGUUAUUGGGCUUGGAGGCUUUGGUAAAGUAUACAGAGGUAAUAUUGAUCAUGGGUCGGGUACUAUUGAUGUUGCCAUCAAACGGUUGGAUAUAAUGUCAAAUCAAGGGGCAGCUGAGUUUAGGGCAGAAAUAGAGAUGCUUUCUAAGUUGAGGCAUUGUAAUUUGGUAUCUUUGAUCGCUUAUUGUAAUGAUAGUAUAGAGAAAAUCCUUGUUUACGAGUAUAUGCCCCGUCAAACCGUUGACUUUCAUCUCUUUACAUCUCAUGUACCAUUGACUUGGGUCCAACGGCUUAAGAUAAGCAUAGGUGCUGCACGUGGAUUGGAAUAUCUUCAUACAGGCUCAGGUACCCAACACGGAGUAAUCCAUCGUGAUGUUAAAAGCUCCAAUAUUCUGUUAGAUGAGAAUUUGGAUGCCAAGAUUUCAGAUUUUGGUCUGUCCAAAAUAGGCCCAAUUAAUCAACCUACUUCUUAUGUCAACACCGGUGUUAGAGGUACAUUUGGGUACAUCGAUCCUGACUACUUUCUAACUGGACGUUUAACAAGGAAAUCAGAUGUUUACGCGUUUGGGGUCGUGAUGUUUGAAUUGCUCUCCGGGAGACGUGCAGUUGAUAUGAGUCUUAACGAAGAACAAUGUAGUUUGUCCAGGUGGGCUAAACUAUGCAUCAAAGAGCAUAAAUUAGAUCAGAUUGUUGACCCGAAUAUCAAGGGACAGAUAUCUUCUAAAUGUCUGAAGGAGUAUGCACAUAUUGCUUACAGAUGUUUGCAUAGUCGUGCUAAAGAACGCCCUACCAUGGCUGAGGUUGUUUUCAGUCUUCAGAUUUCACAGACGUUACAGGAGAAAUUUGACAAUUCUGCAUCACCAGCAGGUAUAAUAGGAAUCACUCGGAAGAUGCAGAAGUAUUUCAUUUCCCCACUUAAAGAAAACUCUGGUCAUAGUCAUGGCUCAAUGCCCAUGGAUAAAGAUGACUGUAAUAAAAUGCGUGAUGGUGGUGAUCAAACUAUGUCAAAAGGCUUAAAAGUCUUCUCAUACAAGGAAUUGAAGCACGCUACUAACAACUUUCAUACUCAAAUGAGAAGGGGUCGGCCUUCAACUUCAGCUUGGGUUUUUACAGGUUGGAUCGAUAAGAAGACAUACGCUCCAUCUGUCCCUGGUGUUGCAUUGGCGGUUUCCGUUAAAAGGCUCCAUCAUUGUUACUGUGGAAAUCUUGACAAGAACAAGGACAUUUAUAUCUGGUUAACAAUUAUCAAGCUAGUGAACGUUUAUCUGUGCAUCCAUAACGCAGUUUGA